AUGAAGACGGCCGGGCGCGCGCUGGACAGAGACACGGGCCGUAAGCUGCGUCUGCUGUGUCUCCAUGGCAUGUACCAGGACGCGAGCACGUUUGCGGUCAAGAUGAACCCAUUGCGCGGCGUCCGUGCGACCGCCAACGUGGACUUUGUCUUCCUCGACGGACCCUUUGCGGUUGUGCCGCCUAUUCUCACGCGUCCAGGGAGGCGAUUGAGCAAGCGGCCGAGCGAGUUGUUCGCAGCGUCCAGUCAACGAGCACACGUGAGGCGGAAGGAGCAGACGAAGACCACAGAGACGAAGAAGAUGGAGACCGAGUAUCGAGCGUGGCGGCGGCCGCUGGGCUCGAAUGAGGAAGUCGACCCGAGCCGCUUGGCGAGAGACUGGGACGUGCUUGUGGGCUUCUUGCGCGAGCAGAUUGACGAGAUUGGAGACGUUGAUGGCGUUCUUGGGUUCUCGCAAGGAGCGAGUCUAGCAGCGUGGAUGUGUUCGGAACGAGCACGUGCUGAGUUGCAGUGGUCUCCGAAAGUAGCGGUGCUCAUUGGAAGCUACGUGGGCUCUCCACCGCUCUCGUUGGACUCGGGCGUUAUCUCGGACAUCUCGUCGCUGCACAUCUUUGGCUCAAACGACGGCGUCGUUCCACCUGCCAAGAGCCAGCAAGUGGUUGACAUAUUCAAGCAGCACACGACGCUCGGGAACCGCGUGCGGACGUCGAUGCACGCUCAAGGCCAUGUGAUCCCCAAGUGCGACGUGUCCAAGCAGCUAUUCGAGUCGUUCCUGACACGUCAGCAGCUUUCAUUGCUUGGCAGCUCCAGUGUCUCAUCGGUAAUCGCUGACGGCAACGACGCGAACUCGUUGGAAGCGAUCGAGUCGGAACAGCACUGCAGCUCUUCUUCGCCAGCGCUACGGUGGUCGCCAAGGUGUAGCCAUGUGUGUUUUCCUUCACCUGCAUAA